AGUUCAGGCGUAGCAGCGAGGCCAAGUGGCGCGACACGAGGGCUCCUCGCUAUAUAACUCCCGCGGCGGCCAGCGCCGGCCCACUCCAGGCUCGACUCUCAGUGGCGUGCGAAGUGCGUGCGAGCGGGGGGGCUGUAGGGCCUACUGACGAACAUAUUCCAAGUCCCCCCUCCCCCCCAGGAGUCAGGCUCCGAGUAUCUCCUGGUGGGAUUUCAUUUCAUUUCGCAGCUCCCCCUUUUUUGACAUAAUUUUUUUUUACAUUUUUUUCCCUUCGUUUAUCACUUUUGUGCUUCCUAGCUUUUAAACAUUGACUGCAUUUUAUAUUGUGCACACAACCUGCAAAAAAAAAGUUCUUUUUGCAUCGCACCGGGUGCAAAGAGAUGGAAUUAGUUCCCGAGGGGAAAAACUUUCGAUUGGUACAAGAAGAAGAACUGCCCGAAAUAUUGGAAUUCGUCGAGAAAUACUUACCCGACUCUCUUAAGUUCCACCAGACUCUGAAGACGUACCUGAACGACCGCGUAUGGGACUUCUACUUCUACGUGAACAAGGCCUGGCCCGAGGAGCCCGUCGCUGUGCACUUCCCUGGAAUGACUCUGUCGCCCAAUGGCAGGACCUAUGAGAGCUUCAGCGUGUUCUGCCCGAGCGACGAGCUGGACAACCUGCGCCAGCUGCAAGAGGAGGACGUGCUGGUGGACUGGAGCCAGCCCAUAUACCUCAACUUCACUCACCACAAGAUUCUGGAGCGCCUCGAGGACUAUUACGAGGCCAUCGGCACCCUGGAGAAGGUGUGCGGUGACGUGUAUGUGUGCUCAGAUCCGCCUGUGGAUAUGCAGCUCGACGAGCUUUGCCCUGAAGAAGCGGAGCUGAUGCAGCUGAAACCCCAGCAUGCCAAGGCCAUCCACGACUUGUACCCGGCCAACCACAUGGAGUGCGUGGAGAUAUUCGAGAAGCUCAUUAAUGCACUACCCGCCUACGGGAUCUUCUCGAACGGGGAGCUGGCAGCGUGGAUGGUGCAGUCCUACUACGGCGCCAUGUUCUCCAUGCAGACGCGCCCCGAGUUCCGGCGCAAGGGCUACGGCAUCCACCUGGCCAAGUUCCUCACCAACGUGGUGAUGUCGCGUGGCUACAUCCCCUUCGUGGUGAUCCGGCCUGAGAACGAUGCCUCCCAGAGCCUGUACGCCAAGCUUGGCUUCGAGAGGCACUACCAGAUGGUGCGUGCCAUCUUCCGGCCCCACGGCCACAAGGCUGAUGGCGACUGAGCGACGACCGCGGGACGCUUCGCACGGACGGUCCGAAACAAAAGCAUUUCUGCACCUUCUCUCUCGCUUCAGACACGGCAAAACAAAAACUUACGAGUCCUUGUAGCAUUUCUUUCGAAAACACGCGGCCACGCUCGCAUGGGGUUCACUCUGGUAAUUUGCGACAAAAAAUAUACACUUUUCUCUCCUGUGAUAUUUUUUUAAAAAAAUGCCAUGUUUGGCUAUCGAAUGUGAUGACUGGCUUCACGCACUGAUCUCCCAACAGACAGCUGAAGUGUGUCUAAUAUAUUUUAGUAGCAAUGCUGUCCAUUUGAAUGUCAAGCAUGUAUGCUACUGGGCUCAUCACAAUCAGUAGUUUAAAACAUAGGUACUAUGCGCAAAGAAAGUUGCCUAGAUGUGAAUUGAUAUAUUCACUUUGUGACAGUUAUAUUUUUGUAGAUCUGAAGUUCAUAAUUACCAGAGUUUACCAGAUGAUAAAGCUCAAGAUGAUAUGAAAUGUCACAAGAAAUGUAAACACAGAGAUGACAAGUACUGUACCCACUAUUGUAGGUGAACACAACAAUAGUGAUGUCAGGCAUCGGAAGAGGGUAUUUCAUUUUUUACUAUUUUAUCCAAAAUAAGUAAUGUUAUAAAAUUUUGUUAAUCUCAUUAGAUUGAUAACCUAAAUUUGUUAGAAUGUUCCUACUGGUGUGACAAGGUAGUUUGAUAAACUGUACUUAAAAAAGUUCUGUGAUUUACGAGCAGUUUUGUAAUAGGUUGAGAAGUUGUGGUUAAUUUUUUUUUUAAUUCACACAUGUUAGCUUAUGACUGGUGUGCAAAUGUGAGUAUGUAUGUGUAAUAUAUGGAAUGAAAAAAAGAACCAUCGUUGCCACUUGUAUAACA